UUGUGGGUUACUCUCUUUCAUUUGGACCAUCUCAGAAGGGCUUAAUUGGUAGCCUGGAUGAUGCAUUCCUUUUUGGUCUGUCUGGCACCAACUGUUCCUCACAAUCCGAUUCGGUGCCAGUAAUUCUUUUUGCAAGUUUUGAAAUGAUGCUUGCUAUUGUUACUCCAUUUAUGCUGCUAUCUGCAUGGACAGAGCAAAUGAAUAUUCUUGGAGCAUUGAUUAUUUAUUUGUUGUGGCCAAUUUUUGUGUACUAUCCUAUGACUCACUGGAUAAGAGGAAAAGGAUGGCUUCAUCAUCACUUUGGAAUUGUCGAUCAAGCUGGGAGCCUGACUGUGCAUACUUCAACAGGGUCGUCUGCUCUUGUUUUCACCAAGAUCCUUAAAGAAGUUCAUGAAAACCAUACACAGAAACAAAGCCAAGAGAAUAAGCACCUGCAUCCUCAAAAUGUGUUCCUUAUUGUUGGAGUGUUAAUGACCUCUCUUGGAUGGUACUCUGUAAAUAUUGGAUCUGUACACAAGUUCAAUGAUGCUGUGAUUCUUUCAUUGAUUAACUCUCACCUCGCUGUCUGUGCAUCUUUACUGAGCUGGUUAAUAGUGACUUAUUUUACAAGGAAGAACUUUAACAUGACAGAACUUCUACAAGGCAUCAUGGUUGGUCUUGUAGGUGUAAGUGCAUCUUCUGGUUCAAUAGAGGUGUGGGCCUCAUUGAUCAUUGGACUUGUUGUGGGUCUUAUAUCAUCUGUUGUCUCAUGGUCAAUUCAGAAAUACCAACCUUUAUGGACCAGCACAGAGGUGCAUGACAUCACAUACACCCAUGGUGUUCCUGGUGUUCUUGGAGCAGUGGCAGGUAAAUCCUCUCAAGCCCUGAUCACACUAAUGCGUUUUUAAAAUUAUCCAUUUUCGUCUCAGUGAAAACGAGGCAAAUACUUCUGACCACACUAGCGUUUUCGUUUUGUUUUCACUUGCCCAUACUAAUUCGUUUCCAUUUGGAAACGCAUACUUUCUGACACGUUUUCGCCCAUCAUUCGCA